AUGGCCAUCUACGUCACAUUGGAUCACUCAAAGUCCAUCCAGGGUCUGGCGCCUUGGGUGCAAGCGCCCCCUCUCAAGGAGACUUACCUCCCAGCGCCGGGGAAGCACACUGCGACGGUGAUUCUCCUUCACGGAUUUGCCAACAGCGGAGCUGCCUGGGAGCCAAUUGCGAGGCAUUUGCAAGCCUCCUUGCCUCACAUCAAAUUCAUCCUACCAAACGCCCCCAUCACCCGUGUUUCAGUUCCUGUCGGAGGAGCUCCAGGCGAAGCCGAACUCCCGGCCUGGUGGGAUCCCCGGCUCAACGACGGACUCCCAGCGGAAUGGCCUGGGAAGACGCCAUCCGGAGACGCCACCGGUCUCAAAAAGGCCAUCGCAACCGUCGAGAAGAUCAUCGACGAAGAGGCCAAACUGGUGGCGCCGGGCAGGGUUUUCUUGGGAGGUUUCUCGCAAGGGACCAUCUUGAGUUUGGCGGUCGGGUUGGAGAAUGACAAAGUCGGUGGCAUCAUCGCAUUAUCGUCUUCUCUAUCUGUCCCCGACUCAUUCAAGUCUCCGGGAGUAUUCGAUCCUUCUACACUGAAGAAGGCGAUCUUUUGGGCCCACGGCCUAGCCGACUAUGUUCCUCUUGAUUGGGCCACUGGCUCUGUUGACUACCUUGUCAACACUGUAGGAUUCAAGAAGAUUUCAAAGAGUGAUACUCCGACCAGCGGGACUUUGACAUGGACCACGUAUGAAGGAUUAAAACAUGAGACGAAUGAGGAAGAACUAGAGGAUAUCCAGAAAUGGUGA